ACCGCGUCUCCUCUGCAAACAACGACACUGUGUGUAGGAAUUGAGAAGUGAGCUUCGCAGAUAGAUUAAUGGGGAAGAAGAAAACUGAAAGUAAGCAACCACCACAAAAGGAAGAACAACAGGAGGCAGAGAUUGAAGGAAAAUUCUUGCUUGGCAAACCCAAGUUCAAAAAGCUCGAAAACGGCCGCUACAAAUGCGUCGAAACCGGCCACGAAUUGCCGGCCGAUGCUAGGGAGUCAUACGCACACACCAAGCAUUGCCGGCUCGGACUCAUCGAUUCCGCCUUGGCUCGCAAUAAGCCUCCUCUCAAUAUGUUCCACCAAGACCCUCUUUCCCGUUCUAGGUUAAUUUGCAAGCUGACAGGGCUUACUGUGAAUAAAAUUGAGGAGCAUAUAUGGAAGCAUGUCAAUGGAAAGCGUUUCCUGAACAUGUUAGAGAAAGAGGAAGCUGAAGCUGGAAAAGAAGCAUCAGAUGAUUUGAUAAUAGUUGAAAGCGAACAGAAACCAAAAAAGGCUUCAAAAAGCAAAGGAGUUGGUUUGGUAGAAGAUGAAGGCAAGCAGAAACCAGAAAAGGCUUCAAAGAGCAAAGGAGAUGGUUUGAAGAAGACUAAGAAGAAUAAGAAGAAAAAGGAGGAGAAUGAUGUUAGUAAGAUCAUAUCUGAAGUCAGGGAUCCAGAAGAAAAAGACAGUGACACAGAGGAAGACGAGUUCUGGAUGCCUCCGGUGGGAGAUCGUUGGGAUUUUGAUGAUGGGAAAGAUCGUUGGGGUUCUGAUUUGGAAUCAGAUGUGGAACCAGAAGAUGAUGAAGAGUUGGAUUCAGAAAAUGAUGAUGCAAAUGGAGCAGAUGCUAUGGGCAAAGAAAGUAACAAUGAAACACAGGAGCUUUCAAAGAGGACAAAGAGGAUGUCAAUAGAAAUCGAACCAAGUGAUGUUGCUUCAAAGAAGAAGAAAAAGAUCCAAUCUACAUGAUAUACGUAUGAGGUAUUUAUUGAAGCAUUAGUCAUCGUCGAAGUUGCACCUCUAUGAAUAUGUAGCCCACAGGACGAGACUCGGACUCGGGAGUCUGGAUUUUGGUUGUUUUCUUGAACUUUUUCUUGAUAUUUUCCUCGAUGAAUUUGAUUGUUUGUAAGCCAAUUGGUCAAAUUUGUUACAGGAAGAAAUGCGUUUGUUUGUGGCAAAA